CUGAUCUCUCCAACAGGGGCAUUGGAGUUGGCCAAGCUGAAAGAACAAGCCAAGGUGGACCAACACAAGAUUAAACACCUUGAGGACCACAUUAAAUACCUGGAAGAGGCCAACAGGGAUCUAAAAAAUGACAAGGACUUCCUCCUUUCUCAAAUUAAGGGAGCCUCCAACAUGCCUGGAUCUACUGGGAAAGGUUCCAGCAAGGCUGCUCUGGAACUUACUUCAACUUCGACAUCUCCGUGCCCAUCCUCAGAAUCCAGUUUCUCAUCAUCCUCAGAGGAAGAGGAGCAGAAGAAGAAGAAAAAGAAGAAGGCCAAGAAGUCCAAGAAACACCUUGCUUCUCACAGCCGUUCAAGGAUGACCACAACGGAUGGAGUUAUCCGCCGCUACAAGAAUGCCCUGCACAUUUUCAACAAGUAUGGAUCCAUGAAAAGGGCCUUUGCCAAAAUCAACGUUGACCGCAACACAAUUGCAAGAACAGCAGCAAUUGCUGAACUAGCAAUCACAUUUCCAGACACAUUCAAGGAGCUGCUUCCACAAGAUGAAGAAAAUGAGAAGAUGUCUGUGUUUGCAGAGCGGUGCAGGGAGGCCAUAACAGAGGAGAUGGCUGGAAUAAUCACAGCAAAGAAAAAAAUUGGAAAACUCCUCCCAAUCAUGUAUAAAUACACUUAAUAAUGUCAUGAUCAUAUUCAUUCUGAAUAUUGUUGCCGAUGUUAAGUUAUUUUGUUCCUACACACAGACCAUAUGUUGUACCGACCUGCUUGAGGAGAAGUAAUGCAACAGAUUAUUCUGUUUAAAUUUUUGUGUUCAAAUGCAUUAGGAAUAAAACUAUCACAGCUAAGAGAAAAAGCAGAAAACUCCUCCCAGUAAUGUAAACUUAAAUUUCAAAAUGUUGAUCAAUGUUAAUAUUCAGUUUUUCCAUAUUGACUGUUACAACACUGCUUGAGAAGUGAAGCAGCAGCUACUUUGUCAAUGGUUUAUGUUUAAAUGCAGAAAGGAAAAAUAUCUUGUCUUUUGAUAUUGUUUAGACAUCAUUUGACAAUGUAAUUAUCCUUAAUUAUGUUUCAAUAAAAAGUCGCCCAAUUCAAAGAAAAGAGUCAUACAACUGAAAAACUGGAAAGUGUAUGAAUUAAUGAUUUUAUUUUCGUGUCUGUGACGCACAAACCCAUCCUCCAUGGGAUUACCAGUGUAAUUAUACUUAAAGACAUCUUCAUGAAACAUUCAAGUGUCCCACUGUACUUGAAUUUGAAGAAUAGAGUUCAAAUUCAAAGAAAUGUAAGAUGUUAUAAACUGAUUUGACUGUAAUUAUGAUUAAUGACAUCUUCAUGAAGCAUAAAGUUUUCCAUUUCACUUGA